AUGCACAAGACGACCAAGGAGGUGAAGGCCAUGCUCUCGCAAGUCCAGGCUGUGGUGGAGGUCCGCGACGCACGGGCGCUGGCAUCGACACGCAAUCCGAUUCUGGCCAAUCAAGUCGCCCACAAGCCGCGCAUUGUGGUGGCAGCCAAGGCUGAUUUGGUGGACAAGGCGUGGAUGGAGGCGGUGGAGGCGGGUGCGAGCGAGAGCCAGCGGGCCUCGCCGCCGGUCGAGGCAACACACUUUAUGCAACACGGCAAGCGGAGCAAGCUGACGACGGCAGACAUCAACAACGCGCUGCGGCUGCGCAACGUAGAGGUGCUGUACGGUCACGAGGGCCGCGAGACAGCCCGCGAGUACCUGACAGUUGACGAGGUGCUGAAGCGCGGCGAGACGGCCGAGGAUGACGGCGAGGUUGUGGGUGAGACGAGCGAGGAGCGCAAGGCCAAGUCCAAGGCGUCACGGACCAAGUCGCGGCGGAGCAAGGCUGCUGCUGCGGCGGCAGCCGAGCUGGACAACGAGACCAUCUACGUGCCGUACGACGAGGUGGUCGGCUUUGCGGACAUCAUCCACGCGCCGCUACCCAAGGCGCCGCUGGAGCCGUCGUUCGCGGCGCACUGGCUGGCGGUCGAGGGCGUGCAGCCUGCGGUGCCGGCAAACCUGCCGCCGCUUGUGCUGGCGUCGCUACUGGCGGGCGAGGGUCUUGCGCCCGACGUUGUCGGCGUCUCGUCGGAUCAGAUCAAGGCGCUCGGGGCCGGCUCGCUGGCGUCGACAAGCGCGCUUCCAGGCACUGCGUCGGGCAUGGAGGACGCCCAGGUCCGGCCGUUUGUCCGGCACGUCCUCUCGCAGGAGCUGCAGAUGUACUACAAGAUGGCGACGUCCGGCGUGGUCGGCUUUGACGACGAGCUCAAGAACGCGGUCCUCGAGUCGAUCCGCAGCGACCCGGGCCUCCACCAGCUUGUGCCGUACUUUGUGCACUUUGUGGCACACACGGUGGCGGUCUCGCUCCGCAACCUCCCGGUCCUCACCUCACUGAUGCGGAUGGCGCAGGCGCUGCUCGAGUCGGAGCACCUCCACAUUGCGCCGUAUCUGCAUCAGCUCAUGCCGCCGAUCCUCACCUGCAUGCUCGGCCGCCGCCUCUGCUCCGCGCCGUCCGAGAAUCACUGGGAGCUCCGCCUCUUUGCGGCCCGCCUGGUCCGCUACGUCUGCUCGCUGUACGGCUCGGCCUACGCUUCGCUCCAGCCGCGCAUCUGCAAGACCCUUGUCCGCGCCUUCCUCGACCCCUCGCGCCCGGUCACGACGCACUAUGGCGCGGUCGCUGGCCUCGUCGCCCUCGGCCCGCGCGUCGUCCAGUUUGCCGUCCUCCCCAACCUCGAGGCGUACAUGGCAUGGCUCGCUCCGGCGCUCGCCGCCGGCGACGCCGAGCCCGACCGCGCUGCCGAAGCCUCCCACAUGCGCACCCUACUCCUCACUGCCGUCAAGCGUGUCCUCGAGGCCUCGGCCCGCGCCGUUGUCGCCGGCAAGGUCGUCGCGGCGCCCGAGGGUAAGCCGCUCCCGCCGUCGGCAGACCUCCCAGGCGUCGCCGCCCUCGCCGGCCAGCUGGCCGACCUCAUCCCGGACAUGCAGGUUGAUCUCCAGGCUUGUGUCGACCUCCUCGGUGCCGAUGAUCCCGCCUGGACCGCCUCUCCGUGACCCAUAAUGAAUUGCUCUGCCGCGUCGA